AUGCCUCAGGAUGACGACAUUGAGAAGUCUUUCCGUGUCAAUCAGGACGGCAGCAUGACGGUGGAGAUGAAGGUUCGUCUCACCAUCAAAGAGGAGGAGAUGCUCCAUUGGACUACCACACUCAGCCGCACAUGCCUUAGCAAGAGGACAGCUUGUGCCUCCAUUUCUGAGUCAGGGAAGAGCUCAACUGACUCAAACAAUGCUGUUGCCAAAAACUCCACUAGUAUCAGUGGAGAUGAAUUAAAAGAAGGGAACCAUCCAGCUGUAGGUGGGAAGGGAGUCAAGUUUAACGACGAACGAGUGGUGGGUAGAGCAAAAUCAGGUUUUAGACGCAGUCCUACACCUGGUGCUCAACAGGUCAAGAGGGCAUCAGUCGAGAGUGUGAAGAUGGUGACAGAAUCGGGGGUUCAAGAGAGCACCCUGGGACAUUACUCCUACAUGGAGAGGACAGUUGGUGGUGAGAAGACUGAGGGAUAUAGAGUUGUCAGACACAGCAGCAGCAACAGGCCAAUCCCAAAGCCUCGCAAAACUGCAUCUGCAGGAGCGAUCAUCAAAGGCUCCCACUCCUCUAUCAGAUCAUCAGGAGUGGCUGAGGUCCUUCAGAUACAAAAUAAUGGCAUGGAAGUUACCGAGACUGUAAUGCACAUUUAUGAAAGUCAAGGCGGUUACGACAACUAUUUUGCAAAUGAAGACUACAGCGCAGAUGGUGCACAUUCAUUUUCUUCAACUCCUGUGCUGGACAGCAAACUGUCUGUUGACUCGGGGCCCCUUUCAUCCAGCAAUGAUUGUGAUAUAGAUUUUAGCGGUCAGCAAGCCAUUACAGACUCACAACAAAGACAGAAAGAAGAGAUGUUAUCGUUGUCAUCAGAGCCAAUAACUCAAACGCAUGAGAUAACAAACCAUCUGUCUUUGUUGAAUGGGUAUGGAGCCCGAACAAAAGAUAAAUCUAUGAAAAAUGAGAAAAAGACAACAGUGGUUCCGCCUCAUAGGAGUCUGAAGAACCUCAUGUCUACAAACAAUUCAGAAAAAAAGAAAAAGGAAAGUAGAGAAAGCCUUCCAAAAAAUAGAGUCAAAUCAUCCAAUGAAAAGCAAAGCAGUAAUGCAAGUGUGGGAAAAAAGAGUCUGAGUUCAUCCGAAAGUGCGAAAAGUCUUCAAAAGACGAAUGGAGCAGAAAAGUCUCAAGUGAAGAAAGCAAGUAAGGAUGUGAAGAUACCCCGAAGAGAGCCAGCCUUAUUAGCCAAUGCUGUUAAUGUGAAAAGGAACCUAACUUUGAGACAAAACUUAGAUAAUGGUCAUCAUGUACACGCAAGGCCUCAGAUGAAGAAAAACAUUUCAGACAUUUUACAACCUAAAAAAACUCUUUUGCCUGCCAGAAAAUUAAUGAACAGGCCAAAAUCCAUGAGUGACCAUACAUUAUCUACGCCGAAGAAAUCUGUAGAGUUGAGUGAGAGUUUGUCAGUACCUUCUUUCAAACCUUCACUCUCGGAAAUUCAUCAAUAUGUUGAGAACUGGUUGGAAAAAGUCAGUCCAGACCCGGUGUUAUACACCGAGGAGACCACCAGUGAUGAAUCAAAGACUCAGACAAAGGUUGUGUUUCAAAUAGGAGACGAUUCUGAAUCAGAUAACAAGACUGAACGCAAGAUAAGUCAAGAUGAGUGUAUCCCACCACCUCCAGGCGAUGUCAAAAAGUCAGCCUCUUGCCUGACCGUACCGCAACAUCACGCAGAUCCAAGUCUUCUGCACAAUGAACAGUAUGCGAGAGGUUUAUGCGCGUCAAUGCCAAGUGUCAGAGUGGAUCCUUCAAAAAUGGAGAAUGUAAUGAGACCGCACAAAUCUGAAGAGGCCAUCAGUCCAGCUACCAAUGAAGCACCAUCAUCAUCAUCAAACUUUCUAAGUCCCCACACAAGGAUAAAACCGGUCCUAAAGCAGAUUUAUUCAUCCAUUCAGUGCAUCAGAGGGGCGUCCGACACCACCAACACAGCAUCCAAUCUUGAAAAGUCCACCAGCCUUCCAGAUUUCCCAAACCAAGUAGCGUCAGUGUUCGGCUCCUCUUGUAAGGCCUUCUUGUCAUUCCUAUCAGUGGUGACGUUGCGAGACAACCUCAAUGGAUCUGAGAUGAAUAUCGGUGAAACCUCAAGAAGCGAUUCUGAGGCCAUGCUGAUGAUGCAAUCCCUCCAGAAAAUUUCUGCCAUCGAGGACGCGGAGGAGCAGCGGGCAAGUCUAACAGAUUUACAAAGCAGAGCGUCUUCUCAGCUCAGAGCACGCUGGAAAGAUUUCCAGAUUCUGAGAGAAAGACUUGAAAGUGAGCCGCUGUCUCCCAGAGUUUCAGAAACAGAAUUUGCCCUGGAUGUUGUCUCUGAGGGUGGAGAUGUAUUUGAUGAUCAGCAUUUAGAGAUAGAUGGGCUUAUGGAAGAAAUGAAUAUGCCACGAGACUUAAGGGCAGAGAUUUUUUCUACAAUGCAGCAUUCUAGAUUCUUCUAUCCGAUAGAGGAGAGCACUUUUGUAGAAACUGAAAGGAACCAGUCAGACUCAGAAGAAGAUGUAGAAAAAUUUGUUGAAGAAGAAAACGAUGAAACAGAAAAACAAUCACCUGAGACAGACAGUGCCACCAUGGCGAUCGAGUCAGAGACAGAACUUAAAGUUGAGAAAACAGACAAUAAGAACAAAGAUUCAGGCAUUUUGAGGAGAGGGAGUAAUGAUUGGUCAAGGAACGAAGAAGGUAGAGAGGAAACAGAAAAGGAAUAUGAGGGAGAAAACAGGGAGCAGGAGGAUGAUACAAAAGAGGGAGAUGAGGUUGAUGGAGAGAGUGGAGCUGAAGAAAUGGAGAGUGAGAGAGAGUCAGAAGAAGAACUGGAUGACAAGAGGCCAGAGGAUGGGGAAGGAGAGGAUGGCAGCAAUGAGGGGGAAGAGUAUUUGGUAAAACUAGAGGAAGGUACAGAGGAGGAGACAGCAAUGGAUGAGGAAGAAGAGGGUGGAACAGAGAAAAGAGAGGGAGAUAUGAAUGGAGAAGGACUAGAUGGGGAUGGAGAUCAGACGGAUGACAGAGAGGGAGGAGAGGAUGAAGCGGACGAAGAAGAAGUGCAGGAUGAGGGUGGUGAUGAAAGUGAAGGGGAGGAAAAUGAGGAUACUGUGGUUGAUGAGGAGACAGAGGAGGAAGAGAAUGAGGAGGAUGAGGAGAAUGAGGAAGAAGAAAACGAAGAGACGAUUGUGGCUGAUGAGGUGACAGAGGAGCAAGAAAACGAGGACGCUGAGGUUGAGGAGGAGACAGUGGAGGACGAAAAUGAGGAGAUGAUUGAGGUUGAUGAGGAGACAGCAGAGCAAGAAAGGAGGCAGGAUGAGGUAGAUGAGAUGGCAGAGGAAGAAAACGAGGAGACAGUGACUGAUCAGGAGGAAGAGGAGGAAGAGGAGGAUGAAGAUGAUGUGGGGGUAGAGGAGGAAGUAAGAGGGGAGGAAACGGAUCAAGAAGAGGAAGCAGAAAAUAUCACUGAAUUGGAGGAGGAGGAAGAGGCAGAGGGUGUAAACGAGGAUGUUGAAGAAGACAGAGAAUUGGUUGAGGAGGAAGAUUUGGAAGAGGAGGUUCACGGUACAAAUGAGGAGGAUGUUACUGAAGAGAAGGAGGAGGUAAUGGGUAUAACUGAGAUGGUUGGUAAAAUCAUUCAGGAGGAAGAUAAGGUUGAGGAAGAUAAAGAAGUAGAAGAAACUGUUACAGAAGUAGAGGGAGAAGAAAAGGAGGAUGAGGGUGAAGAGAGCUGGAAAAAUCAAGAGAAAACCGAAGAUAGUUAUGAAGACAAAUCAGAUCUUGAAGUAGAAUUUGUCGAGGGGAUAGAGAUUGAAGAAGGAAAGGAAGAAUCAGAGGCUGAGGAUGAAAAUGUCAGUGAUACAGAAAGGAAACAUCAACUAGAACAGAGUAGCCGUGAGGAAGACAAUCGUGAAUCUGUGAGCACUUAUUCCUCUGAGGUCCAGUGUGAAGAUGAAAAGGGUGACGGAGCAGAAACAGCGACUGAAACUGAAACAGAAGAAGGAGGUGAACGCCAAAAAGAGCAAGGCAGCAGUCUACCACAUCCAGUCGAAAUAUCCCAGGAGUUACUCGACUUCAUUAACACCGCCCUACAGUGCGCUUCACUUAUUUUCACAUAUGAUGCACACGGGAAAAUCCGAAUAGAGCCAGAUAGUUCUCGAGGUGCAAAAACUCCAAAAGAAAAAAAGAGAAAGGACAGCUCAUAUGGUGUGAAGUGUCUCCCAAGCCCAGCCUGCUCUGAUUUGUCCGAUUACAGGCCGGAAACAUCAGAGAGUGGUGGAUACCAGUCUCAAGAAUCUGUAGAGGUUAUCUCAGAGAGUGGAGAAGAUGGUCAAGAGAAACACUUCCCCUUCUGCAAACGUAAGCCUAAGAACCAUACGUCCAAGCUCCCUGUUGUAAGUCAUUCAAAAGUCUUGCAAAACUCGCAUACGGAAAGUGGAGGGAGUUACUAUUCCAACAACUCAGGCACUCGAGCCUCUAAGGAUCUGUCUUAUUUUAGUGGUGGGAGCUCACAAAAGGCAGACAAUGAAGCUGCACCAGAUGUUUCACAGUGCAUUUCAUUCCACUCGGAAAAAGACUCAAAAGACGGGGUCUUGAUCGAUCAAGGUAGAUGGCUGCUCAAGGAGAAUCACCUCAUCAGAACUUCUCCUCCUGUCGCACAGGGAAUGUACAGUAACAUAGACAGCACAUCCUCAGAUACGAGGUCUAGUGAUGAUUCCCCACUUCAUUACAAAACCCAGCAAAACCUUCUGGCAGCACUUUCCUCAACAGAGCUUGAGGAGAUGGCAAAGCCUAAAACCCCUAAGUGUACCUACUAUAACAUGCCACAUGGGAGUGACUCUGAUCCCUUUUUGGAUGACUCCAGUUUUAAAAGUGGGAAAAAAGACAGAAGCAGUGCCAAAGGGAGAGGCGGCAGAGUGGGACCUACUAUUAAUACUUCCCAAACCUGGGCAAAUAAAAAUGGCAGUCUAUCUUCAUUUGCAUCCGUUGAGUUUAACAUACCAGAUAGAAAAGUGCACCCUGAAGGCGAGACUAUAUCUAUGACAAUGGCAAGAAGGACAUCUGGUGGAGGAGGGAGGGCAGUGCAAGCGCAGGACUCUGUUGACACACUGUAUUUAAGAUGUAGCCAAUACUGUCCAAUAUUAUAG